AUGCAUACGAAUACAUUGAUUGAAAUUGAUGAGAUAUUUACAUGGCUCUUGGAAGUUGCAGAUGAUACCAAAGACUUAGUUGAUGGCGGUAAAAUAGUGUGGUCUGUUACCUACAUAUAUGACAAUCCACGAGAAUCUUCAUUGGAAAUUGCUCCAGAUGACAACAAAAAGAGAAUAAUAGCUAAGUUAGAAGUAAACAAAGACGACAUCCAAGCCGUUUUACCUAUGGCGAAGAAUUGGGAAUUAAUGAACACAGCUGUUUUGACAGGACGUCAGGUGGCACAAGCGAUGAAAGUUUUUAUUGUCUCUCAAGGAGGAAUAGUUGCAGAUGUUACUUUACAAAGCUCAUGUUAUGCGGAAGACGAGAGCGUUAUAAAGGUAUCAUCUUCGUGUAGUUCCGUGUAUGUCGAUGGCUCUGAAAUCCGUGGUUCAUCAAACGCUUCUAUAAUGGUAAAAUACGGAACUUACAUUGGAGUUGCUAAAUUCGUUGUCUGGAUGCCGGAGUUUCCCCUUGAGGUUUACAUCAGCGAUUUUCGCCUUUCGCAAAUUAAAGGGUGGAAAGUAAUAGAUGAACAUCAAUAUAUACAUAAAAAAUCUCGUAGGAAAAAGAGAUCUUUUUUCCACGGCCAACAUAAUGGGGCUUAUUAUAACAAUGGUCUACUGGAAAAAAUGUCGUGCCGAGCCCGAUACCAACAAAGUCCGGUGGAAGUAUUUGCCAGAUUCGUUGCAGUUGAUCAGAAUUCUGGACGCAUAAGCUUUAUAUCACGUCGAACUGGAUUGCGAGUUACGGAUUUGGUACACUUAUUGCGUGUAGCAGAUCCCAAAAUAGCCAGCCUAAAGGGAAGAAUUCUUCAAGGCAAGUCAAUGGGCCGCACCGAUGUUCAGGUAAAUAUUAAAAUAGUAAUUCGUCUCCGGUUAUAUAUGUGUUUUUUAGGUUUUAUCGCCAAUACAGGACGCGUAAUAGGGACAAAGGAGAUUCGCGUUGGCAGCGAUAAAGUAAGCCUUAUUAAACUUUCAGUUCGCGUUGUAUCAGGACUGCAGUUGACAAUUACUCCAGACAACAGUAUUGAAAAUGGUUACAUUGCUGAAACCGCAGUAACACACAAAUUGACAGCACAAUAGGAAGGACUGUUGGAUAUUGAUCUGGAGUUUUCGGAUGGAUCUCGCACCCCAUUAAGGGAUAUAUCCGUGGAAGAUUACUUCCUUUUGGUUGAAAGCUUAGAUACUGAAGUUGUGGCCUUUGCACCAAUGCUAGCCUCUCACCAUCCCCGAGUAAUCGCUGUGGGAGAAGGAAAUGGAAACCUACUUAGAAUUACACUACUUCUAUCGGAAGAAUGUCGAGUACGCCGCAAUGUAAUGUCAACAAAACAAACCCGAUAUAAUACAUCCCCAUUAGCGAGCGCCCUUGCUGCUGUUGAUGUUGACUUUAAUAAUGCAAACGAAAUUAUUAAUAAACAUGAAGUUGUACAAAACGAUGGAGUUAUUCGAAAAGAAAGAAAUAAAUACACUAACAAUGGUGGAGAUCUUGCAGAUAUAAUAGUUUCGGUUCUGGAAGAUAAUGAGCUAAAGAUAAACCAUGCUAAAGAUAAAUCAUGCUAA